AUGAAGCAGAUGGCAACGAUAUUUUCAUUGAGCUCGGGUUCGCUGCCAGCUGCCAUUGCCGUAUUUCGAAUUUCCGGACAAAGAAGCUUAGCAGUAUUACAAGAAAUUACGAAUAAACAAAGCUGGACACCUAAGCAACUGUCUUAUACGAAGAUUUACACCAAAAAUGGAGAUAUACUCGACACUGCGAUGGCAGUCCAUAUGCCAGGUCCUUCAACUUUCACGGGAGAAGAUUCUACAGAAAUUUAUGUUCAUGGCAGUCAGGCUGUCGCUAAUGCUCUGGCUGACCGGCUUGUUCUUAUUGACGGUGUUCGGCAAGCGAAGAGGGGCGAGUUCACAAAACGUGCUUUUUUCAACGGCAAAAUGAACAUGAGUGAGGUGAAUGGCUUGAAGAUGCUCAUAAACUCAGAAACUGAGAGGCAAAGACAAGUGUCGUACAGACAGAUGAGAGGAGGAGACGCAGUACAAAACAUUCGCAAGAAGCUCGCCGAUGUUACCAUGAGAAUAUAUGUUUUGAUGGAUUUUGGAGAACAUGUUGAUACUUCGAUUAUUGAAAUACACAACCUGAUAGCGAAUCUUAUACCAGAAGUCAACAGCCUUUGUGAAAGAACCAAAAGCGCUUUUCGUGUUCAGCGUGGUCUAAUUGCUGUGCUUGUAGGGCCUCCCAACUCUGGCAAAAGCAGCAUAAUGAACGCUUUAGCACAGGAUGAUAUAGCGAUUGUUUCUCCAACAGCUGGCACAACCAGAGACGUUCUACAGACAAAAAUUCAAGUGAACGGAAUACCGGUAACAUUAACAGAUACAGCAGGGCUACGGGAAACUGGGGAUGAUAUAGAAUUGGAAGGUAUUAGACGGGCAAGGAAUAAGAUACGAGAAGCAGAUAUAGUGCUCCUAGUUUCGACAACGGAUAGCUCAAUAGAAGAGGCAAAGGCUGUUUUGGCCACAGUGAAAGAAUGUGAAGUUAAUGACCAGGUACCUAUAUACUUGGUGCGAAACAAAAGUGACCUGGCUCAAAGGCAAGAAGCAUGUAGCCUUCCAGAAGUGAAGUCUGUGAUUGAUACCUGCGCUUUAUCAAAAGAAGGGGUUAGUCCUCUUCUUGAAGCUCUUGAAAACGAAAUAUCAGAAAUAUGUCCUGACGAGAACGGACCUGCUUUAACAGAUCAUCACUUGAUUCAAGAAAUCCUUGAUAUUCUAUUAGAUGCUCAGUCAUGUACUGAUGCUGCUAUCUUGUGUGUUCGUCUAGAGGAAUGUCUUUCACUCCUGGGUCAGAUUACGGGAGACACAGUAACUGAAGAAAUUUUGGACAAAUUAUUCGAAACUUUCUGUAUUGGUAAAUGA